GUCAGUAUUGCCUCUAUCCAGCUCUCUCACUUCCUGUUUUCGGUGCGUCAGUCCGCCGAGCGCGCCGAUGACGUCAUCACGGCGCCCUGCACGUCUCGGUCACGGGGGAGGAGCCGCCAUCUCGGCGAAGCUGAGGGAGGGUCACGAACUCUGACCCGCCGGGGACCGGGAGCGGAGGGUAACGGAUGGUCCAGCACCGGGAGCCCGGCACGCGCACCCCGGAGGCCCAGCGAGCCCAGGUAGGAGCCAGCCCGGGGCCGGGCGGCGCACAGAGCAAGGAGCGGGCUCCAGUGUGACCCGUGACUCCCCCCCGCCCUCGCCGUGUCUCCGCUCAGCAUCCAUGGCCGUCACCGACUGACGCUGUAACCCUCUCACCGUGACCUCUGACCUGCACCCGACAGGAAUAGCUUCCCGGGCCGCAACCCCCCCACCCCCUCCUCCCUCCCCGCGAGCACGCGCACUGUGCGCCCGCCCUCCGCGCGGGGGCGCGCUCUGCAGUCACCCCGGCACGAGCCUCGGGAGCGCGCUCACUGGGCUCACACAGGGCAGAGGACCUGCUGCUCUUACUAACCUGCGGGGGGGGGGGGAAGCAUUCACUAAAGGGAGAAUUCAAAGGAAAAAUGUAAUCCCCCAAUCCUGGAACCAUUUUCUCUAAGCCAGCUCUGGUUCCAGAUUGGCUGCCCUGGCCUUCCAUUAGAAAUAAUAACCCUGCUAGUUUUACAGCUCUGCCUAAAACGUGCCAUUCCCAUGUCGAUACGUGGCACUGCCCGAUGUGCGGAAUAACAUACGUCUCGGUUAUUCACUAAAGUGAGAGUUCAAAGUGACAUAGGGAAUUUCUCCGACUGGGCUAUUUUGAUCCCAAACUUCUGGAAUAAAAGGGAAUCAUGAUGUCACACAUGUCAUGUGUCCUUAAGGGGUUAAAGGAGCACUAUAGUACCAAAAAAACAAACUCGUUUUCCUGGCACUAUAGGGUCUUUUGGUCCCCCCACUCCCGCUGAAUGAAAGGGGUUAAACUCUUACCUUUCACCAACGCCGGGUUCCCUCGGCGCUGGGGAUCUAUCCUCCCUCUUCUGACCUCAACGCCAAAUACACAUGUGCGUCAAGAGCUGUGCGCGCAUUCAAUCAGUCCAUAGGAAAGCAUUUCUCAAUGCAUUCCUAUGGACGUCAGCGUCUUACGGUGAGAAGCGCCUCUAACGGCUGUCAGUGAGACAGCCACUAGAGGCUGGAUUAACCCUAGUGUAAACAUAGCAGUUUCUCUGAAACUGCUAUGUUUACAGCUGCAGGGAUAACCCUAGAUGGACCUGGCACCCAGAGCACUUCAUUGAGCUGAAGUGGUCUGGGUACCUGUAGUGGUCCUUUAAAUGUGAAAUUUACUUUAAUCACUUUAGUGAAUAAUCGUGUGUGAGCUCAUACACCGUAUCCUUGAUUUGCUAGGUAAACUGUGUUUACUGGGCAUGUUGUUGUUAUUAUUAAUAGCAUUUAUCUAGUGCCAACACAAUGUGCAGCUCUUUAUUUUUACACAGUCGCAAUUAGUAGCAGCAAGCACACACACACUGAAACACAUGCAGAUACACAGAUACAAACACUGACACUCACACUAACACACAUGCAGAUACAGACUGACACAGAUACACAACCUGACGCACAUACAGAGACUUAUAUACAAACACUGACACAUAUGGAUACUCAGACACACUGAUGCAAAUACUGACACACAUGCAGAUACACUGAUAAAAACACUGACUAUAUACAGAUGCACACACAGGUACACACACUGACAACAUACAGAUACACAAAUACAUACAAUGAUAACAUACAGAUACACACAGUGACGCACAUACAGACACGUAGAUACACAACCUGACACACAUGCAGAUACAGACCACAUAGAGAAACAUAGAUAUACUAAAUAUACACAGGUUUACACACUGACAUACACACACAGAUAUACAUACUGACAACAUAGUGACACACACACAGACAUACUGACACACACACAGACACCCUGACAGACAUACUCACACACAGACUUACUGACUCACACAAAUACUGACACACACGCAAAGUUUACAUUUAUAAAGCCACCCUCAUAAAGCGAAGCAAUAUAAAAAGAUUGAUAGAAAUGGAGAGAAAGAAAGGCAAAGGAAAAAUAAUAUUUUGAAAGGGAGCCUAGAUUUUGAUAUUCACCACUGUCCCCAGGGGGAAUAUAAUCCAUCUAUUAGUAAGCUCUAGCAUUUUAAAUAAAUGUGAUUAUUUGUAAAGUUUGUUCCCCUUUAACAGGGUAAGUAAGAAAGCCUAAACUUAAUGGACGCAAGCCUUUUUUCAGCCCAUAUAAAUAUGUAAUCAGAAACGUCAGUAAUUUUAUUAAGACACACAGGCUCCUAUUAUGCUGCACUCUCUUUAUUUCCCUCGGCAGCAAAGAAAUUUUUUUUAUACACAUAACCAGUAAAUAACAGUAACAGUCUGAGCGGUAAUCUUCCCAGUAACAGGAACCGCAAAUCAGGUUCCUCUCUCCAACAUAAUAGGCUCCGACAACCAAUCCGUUUCCUCUUUCUUUGCUGCUCCCUCAGUUAAGUACAUCGGAUCCCUCAGUUCUUAACUGUGGGAUUAUUACUUUUCUUGUGAUAUUUUUAUUAUCAUUAUUAUUGAUAUAUUAUUUGAUAUAUUUUAGUAUUAUUAUCGAUUUAUCAUUAAUGCUAAAGUCUUUCAACCAUAUUAGCUUUUCCUAUGGGACCUUUUUAUCAUUGCUUGCUUGUUGCAUGCUUUCACUCCCCCCCCCCACCCCCCUUUCGUAUUUCUCUUCAUGUUUGGUUUUAUAUUCCCCCCUUGGAGCUCACUGGCCCCAGCCUGACUCCCUGAACCCAUCACUAGCGGGCUAAGGGACGUCAGCUGGAGCCGCUGAUACCCUAUCGAAGCGCGUCGUGCCUUUUUUCCCUAACCGCCGCCCUUUCGCGGAGCUCAAACACGUCAGGGAACCCGUUCGCCUGACGGUCCGCUCGUGGAUCACGUAUGUGUAGGGCACCCGCCUCAGUUGCCUAAUCUGCCACCGCGCAAAAGAGCCACUUGCCGGGCACAAUCGGCUAGACUAUGGAGAAGGGUAAAAGCCCAACUAGAUUCUGAGUCGAAUCUCAGCGAGAUUGAGGAGGAGACCUAUAUGGAUCCAGAGGAUCUGGAGGAUCCCGAAUCAGCCUGGCCUAAGACUAUUUCCGAGAGCGUAAUACGCCUCAAUCUGACUCAUGUUACACGGAGCUUAAAACCCCAAUAGAUGCAGAUAACAUUUUGGACCCUUAUGGGGAACCUCUGUUCAACCCCGAUGAUCUACGUCAUCCACGGUCAGCAGAAUGGUCCCCUUCAGUCCAUGUGGCCAAAUAUAUAGCGUCUAGAGUUCGCAAGCCCUUAGAUAAGGCGACAUGAAAUAAACUUUGGGCAAAAUGCCCACGGACCACUGUCCCAGAUGAUGCCUGCAGAACACCUGCAGUGGACCCCAAAAUCACCCAAUUCUUGGGCAAGACAGGCUGGAAGCCUAACAAAGGCCUAAAUUUCUCCCUGCACAACUGCCAGGAUAAGAUAUUGGAUAUAUUGGGCCCAGCAACCAAGACAUUUCAUAUGGUCGAAAACGACCAAGAGUUGGAUCGUACCACCAUAAGUGGCUGAAUACAACGAGUGAUUUCUUUGAUUGGCAAUGCCAAUUCUGCGAUGGCUACGGAGUAUCGCAAAGCAAUAUUAUUGAAAGUAGAACCCAAGUUGGUUAACAUGGCUAUAAACGAGCCGGGCGUUUUGUUCCAAGGUCUCCUGUUCAGGGACAAUUUUGUCAAAGAGUUUGGCUCUUUCGUAUAUACUUUUACUGCCCUAGAUAAAGUGCAAUCAAAUAUGCGCAAGAUUUUCCACCCUAAGGUUUUUGGUGGGGCCGGAAGAGCCAGGAACCGUCUGUCCGGCCGUAUUAACAGGGGCUCAUUUAGACAGAACCGAGGCUCCUACACUGGACAACCUACCUUUGCGGAACACCGCAACACCCCGGCCUUCUUCCCACAACGUGGGCGGCCAUGGAUUGCACGUGGAUCACGAGGCACCCACUCAGGACGACGACCUUAUGGUAAGUCCUCUCAAGUUUCAUUCUUCCCUAGGGACAGUGGGGGGCAGACUCCUACAUUUUUUUCAAUGCUUGGUCACACAGCUCAUCAGAUACAUGGGUGUUGAACACUGUAAGAGGGUAUGCCAUAGAAUUCCUGUCCCUACCAGUAUAAUACUCCCCACCACGGGAAAUUAAUUUUUCCCGACAAGACGCCUCCCUUGUCUCCAAUGAGGUUCUGGAAUUGGCACACAAACAAGCCAUCUUAGAGAUCCCUAUGUCCACCCCAGACUAUGCCAGCAACCUUUUCUUAGUUGCCAAGGAAGGCGGCAGUGCCCGCCCAGUGAUCAAUUUGAGACAACUCAACAUUUAUGUUGCCUACUAUCGUUUCAAGAUGGAAGGCAUACAAUGCCUAAGAGAUCUCCUCCAACCAUCAGACUGGAUGGUGAAGUUAGAGCUGCAGGACGUCUAUCUCACAGUACCGAUUGCACGGCAUCACCAAGACUUCCUGCAAUUCAUAUGGCAAGGAAAAAAAUGGAGAUUCAUCUGCCUCCCGUUCGGACUGUCUUCAGCCCCAUGGUGCAUCACCAAACGAAUGAAGCCCAUGGUCGCCUUACUGCAAAGUCGAGGAGUACGUCUCGUAAUCUCCUUAGACGACAUCCUCAUCAUGGGUCAGUCUGAUUCUGAUUCCCACAUAACAAUUUUGGGUCUCAUCGUGGAUUCUACGCUUCAGACCCUACACCUGGCAAUGACAAAACUAAACAGUAUAAAGAAGGAAAUCAGAUGCAUGCUGGCGACUCCCCAGCUUACUCUGAAACCGUUGGCGAGAGUGAUAGGUCUCCUCGCGGCCUCCAUACAAACCAUCUUCCCGGGCCCUCUCUAUUACCGAGCGUUACAACGCCUACAAGCCUCCCAUUUGAUAGACGGGGUCUCCUACACAGAUUUGAUCACUCUGAACUCAGAAGCGAAAGACGAACUGAAAUAGUGGCUCUUCCAUAUGGAAACCUGCCAUUUUCAGCACCACACCAGAUCUCAUAAUAGAAUCCGACGCGAGUUUGCACGGUUGGGGUGCUCGCUGUGGAAAUGUAUCUACAGGUGGCAGAUGGUCCGACAUGGAAUCUUCCCCCCCCCCCCCCACAUCAACUGCACAGAACUCCCGGUCGGAUCUUUGACAAUACACAGUUUCUCGCCAACUCAAGCUCAGUGAUCUAUCCUUCUGAAGAUGGACAAUAUAUCAGCAGUCCGAUAUAUCAGCCAUCUAGGGGGCACAAAAUCGAGGGUCCUGGCGAACAUGGCACGGGGUUUCUGGCAGUUCUGCCUGACACAAGGCACCUUGGUCACAGCAAAAUAUAUCCCGGGCCUCUGCAACACCACAGCAGAUUGGUACUAACGUCACCUCAGGGACCCCAGCGAUUGGCAACCGGACCCCAGAAUCUUCAGAGACAUCCAGACGUUAUGGGGCCCCAUGGACAAAGAUCUUCUCGCCUCCCACUUAAAUACACAACGCCCCAGAUGUUUCAGUUGGAGACCGGACCCAUCAGCUCUGGCAACAGAUGCGUUCACCCAAGACUGUUCAUCCACAAGGAACUAUGCCUUUUCACCGUUUGCAUUGAGCCCCCAUUGCCUACUUCAAGUAAGACGCCAGACUGGAAUUCUGGUGAUUGUGGCACCGUUAUGGCCCUCCCAACCAUGGUUCCCCUCCCUCCUGGAAAUGGCAAUAGACAUACCCCACAUCCUCCCACACUUCAAGUACCUGCUUCAGGACCCGGACGGAUCCCCUCACCUCCUGGUACAACAAGGCCUACUACAUCUCACGGUGUGGCUGAUUUCAGGGGACCUUGGGCAAUCGAGGGAGUUUCGGAGUCAACUCUCCUCCUUCUCGAGGGUGCAUGGGCACCCGGCAUGAGACAAGCCUAUAAGUCUUCAUGGAACAGGUGGCGUGAUUGGUGCCUGGAACAAGACUUGGAUCCCUUAUCGGCUCCUCCGACUUCGAUCCUCCAAUUCCUAGCAUCAUUAUUUGAGGACGGCAAAGCAUAUCGUACAGUGAAUCUGUACCGAUCGGCUAUACAUCGAGGUGUAGAUGGAGUCCCGAUAGGACACCACCCGCUGAUAUGUAGACUCCUACGUGGCAUCAAAUUUAUUCGUCCCCCACUACCACGAUAUUCGGUACUAUGGGAUGUUUCCAUCAUCCUCAAUUUUUUUGAAUCAUGGCCAAUUAAUGCACUUCUAUUCCUGAAACAGCUGUCAGCGAAACUGGCUAUGCUCCUUUACCUCCUAUCCUGAAAGAGGGUUUCCGAUGUCAGAGCCCUGGACAUUACAGCACGUUCCUACACCCCGGAAGGGGUCACAUUCGAUAUAUCGCGAAGAACGAAGACGUCAUCAAAGAAAGUGUCAUACCCAGCAUUCCCUGACAGGCCGUCCUUAUGUCCGGUCAAAUGCCUACAGACUUAUGAACUUCACACGUCUACUCCUAUCCUAGCUCGCUGGGUCAAAUGGAUUAUGUCUACAGCGGGAAUCGAUACCUCACUAUUCUCACCUCACUCAGUUCGAGGAGCGAUGGCUUCCAAGGCCUCUUCGAUGGGUUGUCGUCUCGAAGACAUUAUUUUAAACCCAUACAACAUUUCGCGGGAAAGGUAAUCUCUCAGCUUUAAACCAGCAUUAUAGGAGUCUCUGUGUCUUAAUAAAAUUCAAGGAUUUUAGUAUUACCAUGGCGUAAAGUCAUGAUUUUAUUAAUGACACGGAGGCGAGUAUUAUCCCUCCCACCCACCCGCAGACAGAUGGAUUGAAGGUGGGUAAGUUGAUACACGUAGGUUUGUUGACCAUAUAUCUCUCCUCCUGUAAUGCUCGUCAAGAAUUAAAUUAUCCUCUUUGGCUUAAAUAGGUAAAGUUUUUAGUUUUGCUAACUUAAUACCUAUGUGUUCACCCAGUUCUUUAGAAUAAAUAUUCCCUUUGGCAGAAAAAUUAUUAAAUUCUAUCUCGGAUAUGUGUGAUUUAUACGUAUACCCAGUUUUAUACUAGGAUAUUACCAUAUCUUUCCUCUCUUACAGCCUGAUUUAUUUCACAUUGAUGUGGACAUCCCCUUUGUACAUGGUUCCAUGUUUGGUUGGAUAGUUAUACUUUUUUGGGACCACAAAUAAAGAGGAAACGGAUUGGUUGUCAGAGCCUAUUAUGCUGGAGAGAAUGGAAUCUGAUUGGCGGUUCCUGUUACUGGGAAGAUUACUGCUCAGACUAUUACUGUUAUUUACUGGUUAUGUGUAUAAAAAAAUGUUCUUUGCUGCUGAGGGAAAUAAAGAAAGAGUGCAGCAUAAUACUCGUCUCCGUGUCAUAUUAUGUCAUGAUAAUAGUAAAAUCCUUGAAUCACUAUUAUUUAAAAAAAAAAAAAAAAAAAAAAGCUUGUUUCCCCCCCACCCCCCCUGUGUUAUAGAACUAUGAUGCAGUUUUAUAUAUUUAAUAAGGUCAGUACCUCAUGCAUACCUGAAUGGAAUCUUAAAGAGCAUUUUAAGCACCAUAAUCCCUAAUGCUUAUUGUAGUGGUUAUGGUUUAAAGAGACAUAGGGUGAACUGCCGAUCUGUUUCAACGGUUUGACAAAAAGCAGGGUUCUUCUGGUACCUAAGUCUCACUUCCACAUUAUUAAUCCAAAGCCAUCCAGUCAUGAGCAUUAUUAUAGGUUGGGAGUGCUGAGCUAAGCCACUACCUCCUGCAAACCGUCUUGGACAGAUAAUGCAAACAUCCGCAUUAUCUGUGCAGCCGGCUUUGGAGAUAGAUAGAGAUAUAUAUAUAUAUAUAUAUAUAUAUAUAUAUAUACUAUAAAUCCAUCUUAUACAUUUGUAUCCUGUUUUCCACUAUGACCUUCAUAUUCUCAUCUUCCUAAAGGGCUUGCGUAUGUAGUACAGACAGCCACGUUACUGCGUUUGCAACCUCCAUGCAGUCUUCUUUGAUUUGCCCUCUUGAGACGCAUCUCCAAGCAGGGAAAAUCUCAUCGAUUAUGUUGGCACAUUUGCUUUGUUGCCAGUGCGUGGCAUUGUAAUGGAGUGACGUCACAUCACUCCCUUCCUAUACUCCCUAGCCAGCGCUAGAAGCACCGACUAAAGCGUUUUCAUAGCAAUCACAGCGCAUGUGCUGUGGUUGCAUUGGAUGGAGAGCAGAGGAAUCUUCUGUGAGAGGCAGAAGCAUUGACUGACAGCUGGGAGAAAAAAAUCUAUUUUUUUUUCUCUCCUAAUAUAUACAUUUGCUAGCAAAACUGCUAGCACAAUGCAUAGAUAGAAUCUUAUACUAAAUCUAAUGAGCACAAAUUGUUUGGGGCCCUUUAAAUGUGGUGACUGUUAAGUGUAUGUACAUUUUUACACAAGUAGGAUAAAUCUAUUGUAAUCCUCAUGAGGCAGUGAAGUAACUCUGUGUCAGAAAUAUACAUUAUUUAAUUGUGUAAUCCUUUUUUUAUUUUUUAUGUUUGUCAUUACAGAUCUAACUUAGCCUAAAACUGGAUUUCACAUAACAUUCUCAAAAAGUUGCUUUGUGGGAAAACAGUCAUGGCUUCUAUAGAAGAAUUAGCACAUCAGAUCAUUGAGCAGCAAAUGGGACAGGUAUACUAUCUUCCACAUUAUGGUUACAAAAUUGUCCCAAUUCAUUGGCAAUGAUAUUCUCUAGAUUUUAAAUUGUCUGGAAUUCAGCUGGGAAUUGCAAACUAAAGGCAGGUAUAUCUAAGUUGAUAACAAAGCUGACUUGGAGAUUUUUUCAAUUCUUCUAUUUUGGUGUAAAAUGUGCAAUUCACUGAAGAGUUCUUGAAAAUACACUGUUUAAUGAUUAAUAGUGAUGUCCCGAACGAUUCGCCGCGGACGGCGUACAUAUGACCCUGUACCUCACAGUCAGCAGACACAUUCCAGCCAAUCAGCAGCAGACCCUCCCACCUCCUGGACAGCUCACUAAGAAUGCAGCUUCAAAAUGGAUGUUGUCCAGGAGGUGGGAGGGAGGGUCUGCUGCUGAUUGGCUGGAAUGUGUCUGCUGACUGUGAGGUACAGGGUCAUAUGUUCGCUGUCCGCGGCGAACCGUUCGGGACAUCACUAAUGAUUAACCCUGUGUUUAGUGAAUAAAUCCAGUAACAAACAUUGUGGGAUUAUUCAGAGUCCUUUUUAAAAUGUCAUCUUUUAUGGAGAUCCUUUUGGUCUGAUGCACAAAACGUUAAAGGGUUACUCCAACCAGCCACUGUAUUUGGAUGGAGUAAUCAUUGCUGGAGUAGCCAUUGCUAUGAAAGAAAAACUAUAUUAAAGGGACAAUCCAGACAUAUAGCUUGCUGAUGUUAUUUGAUAUGUGAAGUGUGCCUUUUUUUUUUCCCCUCCUCUUAAUUUCACAAAAAGUAUAGAUUUCAUCAGGAAUUGGCACUUUUCUAAAUUAACUUUGUUACACCCCUGGCUGUCAAAUAGACAACUAAUCCCAUUACUUCCUGCUUGUUCAGCUUAGUGGCGUAAUUGCUCAGAGCACUUGCCUUGCAAAGUCUGUGAUUGGACAGCCAUAGAAAGUCUGUGUUGGGUUAGAAGGGGAGAGCUGGCAAAGGCUGCAGACAAGAAAUCAUAUUUCAACCUAUUGUUUCUGUCAAAAUUUGUAAUAGUUUGCCUCAUUGGAUAAACAAGAUUUGUAUGUUGCAAGAACUUUUUUUUUUUUUAUUUUUUUUUAUUUAUUUUUUAUGUUUAAGCAAACAAGUUCAUUGAUUACACAUUUAUUUAUUCAUUGUCUUUGAUUAUCUAGAUUUCUCGCUCUCAGGGAGAAGUUACACACACUGCAUUACUGGAUGGAAACACACAGAGAAUACAACUUGUUCCAUCGGAAUCUAGUGUUUCCAUACCACAACGAAUACAGGUAUGUUUGUGUAAAAGUUUCUAUUAUUGUAAUUAUUUAAAUAAAACAAACAUAUUUUGCAGCUAAGUACAAUAGGGACACAUAUAAACUUAUUUGGAAAUAGUUUAGGCACCAGGGUUCAGAAACUUGUGACAUGCAUACCAGGCAAGGUGCGUUUGCCCAGCACGCAAAGUUGUCAGAGCCAAACAAGUUGGGUAAAUAUGAGGAUUUUCCCCAGACCUGGACUUACAGCGGUAGCAGUAGGACUACUUCAGAAAUCUGCUAGUGUCUAGUUGCCGCAGAAGUAUAGGGCUAGUCCUGUAUUACUGAGAUCCCAGAUCAAUUCCUCAAAGCAUUUGUGAAGGAGAAACCAUGCUGAAAGAGAUCAGCCUGUCAAAGCUGCUGCCCUUGCCCAGUGUCCGACCAGCCCAGUUCACACUGAACCCCAGGAAAGCCACUCUCCUUUUGCUAAAUGCUAAGCAAAAAGGUCAGUGGCUAAAAAUAACUGCAUUGUCAGCAUGUGGGUGUAGUAGUGUGUUAUAGUGCAUUUGUCUUGUGAUGUGAUUUUAUAUUUGUUUAUAAUUGUGUGUGAGUAAAACAGUGUAUUUGGUUAUGUGUAAUUAUGUGCCCUGACAGUGUGCAUAUACCACAAACUGCUCACACGCAUUAUAACAGAGCUCACAUUAAUGCAAAUACAAAACUACAAAGCAGCUGCAGCACUCAUACAUAACACAUGCAGCAAACGGCAACAAACACACAAGUUAAUACAAUAAAUAUAUAGGACCAUCAUGCCAAGGGACUUCAAAGACUUGUUUUGGCAUAGUGCUGAUUUAAGCAAACAUGAUCAUUUGGUGACAUGGGGCACAGCUCAAAUAAGCUUCUAGUCUACAUUUUAGUAUUUUGAUACAGAAUUGACUGAGAGAAAUCUUAUUUAACAUACAGCAAUAAUAGCAUAUUAAAACGUAUGCUCAGCCCCAGCACAUGCGGUCAUGGGUAUCGGAGGUCAAUCUUCAAUAUUCAUAUAUACCCUUCAGGUAAGUCUAACCCAAAUGUUACCCAAGUCAAGGUGUGCUGAAGCCCAAUUUUUCCUAUAUCUAUCAAACUAGCACAGGUAACCCAUUUUGCGGUAAAAUGAUUACAGACAAAGCACAAUAUAAGUACAAGAUGCCUAUGUAUAAAUGGAAAUAAUACAAGAAAACAAUUGUCCCCCAAUUGCUCUUUUCCUUUGAUUUUAUCACAUUAAGAUUAAGACCCUAAAUGUUAUAAUGGAUGAAGAUUUGAGUUAAGAUUGCCUUUUGUUUAUCUCCUCAGUUUGUCACAGAUCAACAAACAGGUCAGAAGAUUCAGAUUGUAACUGCCCUUGAUCAGAGUGGAGCAAGCAAGCAGUAUAUUGUGACCAAUAAUGACAGCUCUUCAGGCAAAGUAAUCUUGGCUAGACAAGACUCUAGCCAGGGGAAAGUUUAUCUAUCCACUCCUGACGCAGCAGGCGUCAACCAACUGUUCUUCUCAAGCCCCGAUGUUUCUGCUCAGCACAUUCAGGUAGGCUGAUUGAAAAUGCGUCAUGUUCUAGCAUGUGCAAUAUCACAUGCAAAGUGGUCUUAUAAUGUUACAAACUUCUGUGGUUUAGGAGUCUGAGUUUGGGAAAUGACUAGAUCUUCGCUCAGGAACAAGACUUUACAGAGAGACCAUUACAGAGCUUUGUAGCCAAUAGAGACACUUACUCUAUUGAGUUAUUAACUUACAUAGAUCUACCAGACAGUCUCUAGAGGCGCUUCCAGGAGCUUCACCAAAUUUGACUCUAUGAAACGCUUAGUGUUCUGAUGCUUUGUAUGAGGACAUCUAACAUGUUGAAAAUACCCAUAGGAAAGUAUUACGGCAAUGAUUUCCUAUGGGGAAGGCCUAAUGCACUUUUGGUUCUUCCCUUCGGUUGACGGCGGCAGAGAAGGAGAUGACUGGCAUCGUCCGAUUCCAUGGGGAAACUGUUUUUACUCACCAUUUCUCCUUAGCCGCUCCAGUCUUGCCUCUGUUGACCCAGCCUCCAUGGCUGAGAUCAUUAAUCUUGAUGAUUUCAGCCAGUGCAAUACUUUCCCAUACGUAAGCAGUGGGAGGGUAUUGCGCAUUGACUCAAUGUAUUUCUAUGGGAAUCUCUUAGCGUCUCCAUGCAGAGCGUGGAGAUUCUGAACGCCAGAGCUGCACACUAAAACGCUGGACUACGAUGGCCUGGAGGUGGGUGUUACAUGAAGAGUAACCUCCAAGAAACAGGGCUAAAACGGAUGAACGUGAAAUAAAGCUGCUUUAUUUACAUUGAAUAUAUCAUGUAUCUUUGUGCUGUAUAGUAUAUUUAAAGGGACACUAUAGUCACCAGAAAAACUACAGCUUAUUGAAUGUGUCCUGCUGAGUAGAAUCAUUACCUUCAGGCUUUUUGCCGUAAACACUGUCUUUUCAGAGAAAAUGCAGUGUUUACAUUACAGCCUAGUGACAACUCCACUGGUCACUCCUCAGGUGGCUAUUAGAAAUCUUUCCUGGGUCAUGGCUGCCUAAAAUGCAUCCAAACAUUCAGAAUGUUCUCCCUCUGCAUGCAGAUACUGAACUUUCCUCAUAGAGAUUCAUUGAUUCAAUUCAUCUCUAUGAGGAGAUGUUGAUUGGCCAGGGCUGUGUUUGAAUCAUGCUGGCUCUGCCCCUGAUCUGCCUCCUUGUCAGUCUCAGCCAAUCCUAUGGGGAAGCACUGUGAUUGGAUCAGGCUACCACUUCUGAUGAUGUCAGCAAACUUUUUUUCUGAGUCUUAACAGCAUGCAGAGUUACAGCUUCUGGCUUGAAUACAGUAAGAGUUUUACUAUAUUUAUGGAGGCUUGAGGGGCACAGGGGGGGCUAGAUGGUGGUUUUAACACUAUAGGGUCAGGAAUACAGGUUUGUGUUCCUGACCCUAUGGUGAUCCUUUAAUGUAUAUGGGAGCAUUUAGGGUAAGUUUAAUUUUUUAUUUUUUUUUACUAGAUGUUCACUUUAAAUUGAAAUAACCAUAUGAUUGUAUUGUUUUGCUUGAAAUGAAACCAGAAUGUUAAUUUUACUUUUAUAGCAUUUAUUCAUUCAUUAUUUUUUUGCUGCAGAUACUCUCAGAUUCCCAGUGCUUGGAUCAAACUUUAAACAAACCUGUUGUGGAUCUUUGUGUAGUGUGUGGUGACAAAGCUUCAGGUAUGUGGUUUAAAAAGUGAAUGCGUAUAAUCUAUACUGUAAUACUAUACAAAGUACCCUAGAAAAUAUACACAGUAUCUAGAAAUGCAUUAAAACCGCAAUACAAAAAUUGAUCGGAAGUUUAGUGUAAUGAAAUAACAAUAUUUGGGAUUUGUUCCCUGAAUGAAGAAUUAUGGGGAGGAUAUUAAAGGAAUGGUUUAUUUUAGGUAAAAAAGAAAUCCAAAUAGAAACAUCCUCCAAUUCAGCUUUUUACUACUUGGAUAUCUUGGUAUAAAUUUAGCUAUUCCUUUCAAUUUUAUCAUGAAUACAUUUUAUGUAAUUAUGUAUGCCCUUACAGGAACACUCUAACUUGAAUAUGCAUUUCUAACACUAGAGUGUUCUUGUUAGUAUUUGGAUUGAACCCCUGCGAAAGUACAUAAAUUAGAUUUACUUCUUAGCCCCACAUUUGCUGGCUGAGAUAAUGAAUCCUGAUGAUUUCAACCAUGCGGUUGUUUCCCCAUAGAAAAAUAUUUGAAAGACUAGUGUGCAUGUGCUGCAAUUGCCACAAUGUACAAGUCAGCAUUUCCUCAGGGAGAUGCAUAAACUCAAGACUUCUCUGUUCAGAGUGUGGAGCUGCUGAUUGUCGGUCCUGCAAUCUUUGCAGGAUCUUGUCCAGGCAGUUUCUCUGGUGUCUGUCUGAGUGACACCUGCUAGAAGUGACCUUAGGCAGCAAUGUAAACCCUAUCUUUUCUUAGAAUAGUGGUUCUGGUGCCUAGAGUCUCACUUUAAAGGAACACUUAACAUGUAAUCCUUACCCUAUACUGCAAAACCCAACAUUAAGGUGGCUUUCCCCCCCUUUUCUCCCCUUAAAAGCAUGAGAAACCUGCCUUAUUUCCAUGGGGAAAACAUUGGAUUGGCUAAAAUUGACAAGGGGCGGGGCCAAACGCCAUUUAAUCAAUGCAUCUCUAUGAGGAAAAUUCAGGGCAGAUUGUGGGGACGCUGAACGGCAGAGCUGCCUACUGUGCAGCACUGCCCCAGGAAGCACCUCCAGUGGCCAUCUAAGGUAAAUGCUAAGGAGUGGCCACUUGGAGGUGUCCCUAAGGGCAAUGCAAACACUGCCUUUUCACUGAAAAGGCAGUGUUUGCAUGAAAAUGCCUGCAUACAGUGAUUAUACUCACCAGAAGAACUAUAUUAAGCUGUAGUUGUUCUGGGGACUAUAGUGUCUCUCUAACGCAGUGUUUCCCAACCCAGUCCUCAAGGCACACCUACCAGUCCAGGAUUUAGGAAUUACCCAGUUGUGUCUAAGGUGUUUUUUUUUCUUCUUUGUAAAAACACCUUAGACACAACUGGGUAAUCCCUAAAUCCUGGACUGGUAGGUGUGCCUGGAGGACUGGGUUGGGAAACACUGCUCUAACGAUCCUAUGCUAUUCUAAACCUUGUUCUAUCAUAUACUAUAAGUUCUCAAGUGGUAUCCUACACCCUACCCAUCCCAUCUAAAUUCACCUUGGAAUGUCAAAUUAGAGAAAACGGUUUGUGAUAUACUUUAUACUUCUCAGUUUUUUGAUGUUGUUGUCCAGGUCAUUGAACUAUAUGACCCUUGCAUUCUGAAUAUAUUGUUAUACUAUGUUAUCUCAACCUACCAGGUCGCCAUUAUGGAGCAGUGACAUGUGAAGGUUGCAAAGGUUUUUUUAAAAGAAGCAUAAGGAAAAACUUGGUGUACACGUGUAGGGGAGUGAAGGACUGCAUCAUUAACAAACAUUACCGUAACAGAUGUCAGUACUGCCGGCUGCAGCGUUGUAUUGCGCUGGGAAUGAAGCAAGAUUGUAAGUGCUGAUUUGUUCUUUUCAAGACGCUGCAGUUUAUCUGGUGUCUAAAUUAUAAACCAUUUAUUCUAUAAAUCAAUGCAAGAUGACUUUUCAGGAUAGUUACUAUAAAGUACACACAAGUAUGUGUUUUAAAGUAGUACAGGAAAUCACAAACAGGGAUUGGAUCCCUGUAGAUGGUCUGUUAUGCAACAGCAUCAAAUUUAACUCUUGCCGUACUGUAUGCACAGCGCAUACUUGCGUAUGGCAAUGGUGAAAAUGCAGAGCACGCAUAUGCUCUAUAGAAUUCAUUCAUUGAUUCCCAAGCACGCAUGAGCAUGCUCACGGCAUCAUAGGGCAGAAUAGUUGUCUACAAUGCAGAAAUGCAGCUUAGGUAAGUAAGUUGGUGUUUUUUAUUUUUUUUAUUUAUUGUUAUGUUUUAAAUUUAUUUUUAAACUUAGUGUUCUCUUAAACAGGAUCGAUCACUUUCAGAGAAGUAACAGUUUAUUUUUCCCUCACCCCAGUAAAUGCUAUUUCAACAUCUACUUGGGUGAAUAAAGCAUACUUAAGUUAAACAAAAAUCAAUUAAACUUAAAGGGACAUUUUCCCCUCUGCACUGUGAUCCACCUACUGUAAGAUCAUCAGUCCUCAUAGAGAAGUAUUAGCGGACCUAGAUCACAUGCAUGGCACUCUCUAUGCUCCACCAAUCUAAUGCUUCUCAAAGAGGGACAGCGACUCCAGCAUUUAUCUAUGAGAAGCAUUAGCCACAUUAUGCAUCAUCAUCCAGAUCUUAGGAAGAGGUGGUUCUAAUGGCUGUUUUUAUGGCAGUCAACUAUCUACCAAAACCACUACAUUAAAGAUGUUGUGGUUUUGCUGCUUAGAGUGACCCUUUAACUGUCUGUCUAAUCUUCUUCUCUUCAAUUUCCUUUGAUUGCAUUUGUUAUUUCUAAACUUGUUUGAGUUAUGUGAGAGGAUUUAUUUAUUGAUUAUUAGAUUUAAAAAAAUUAUUUUAUUUUUUUCCUCCAACUUCUUAACGGUAUGUAGGUUGAUGCUUACAAGUAUUUCACAGUUUAUAUGUAUUGAAAAUUAAAUUGAAAGAGCACAAAUAUUUUUUUUGUUUGAACUCUUUCAUUGAUUAAUUUUUAUAUUGUUUAAUCCUAGUAAAAGUGAUAUGGAUGAAAUGGAAAAUCCAAAAGCUUAAAAAGUAACAGAAUCACAUAUGAUAAAUUAACACCAUGAAAAUUACAUACAGUUAAAGAGCAUGUGUUCUAUAAAUUUACUGAGCACAAUAAAAUGUGUAAUGCAUUUUUAGCACUUUAAAGGAACACUAUAUUGUGCUCUAGUGGUUAUGGUGCCAGAAGUGCUCUGUUGUACUCCCUUCCCCCAUGUAAGUAAUAGAGCCAUUUUAACUUCUUACUUGGGGUCCAACUAGCACUACUUUCUUCCGGUCCUGGGAGCCAGAAGCUUAUCAGCUCACCAUCAGUCUUAACUCAGGCAGAUAACUUCCAGCUCUCAUGGGGGCAGAAUGUGCCCUCUGGCAGACCCCAGGUAAGAAAUCAGGAGACAGCUUCCCACAGUGCACUAUAGUAGAUAUGGUGUUCCUUUAAAUGUCAUUAUUGUUGGUGACUUGUACAAAUGUAUACUGACAUUCUUGUGAACACCACUGUUGUAUUGUAAUACAGCAUAUUUUUUCCUGGUUAUGUGCUUCUUCCAUUCUUUUAGUUUUUCUUUUGGUUCCAUAUGGUAAAAGAACUGACACGGUGACAUGGUGAAAUGUGCUUUUUAUGUAUAGAAGAUGUAGUGAAAUUUUUUUUUUUAUUUUUUUUUUUUUUUAAAUACCCAACACUAUAUUUUCCAUGCAAAUUUUAGACCACCUCCGCACAUUGUACUUUGCAUUAAUGUCUAGAGAUUAUAGAUUCUGUUCUGUUUGUUUAUGUUUGGUUUUUCUUUGGGUGUUUUUUUCUCGCUGUUAAAUUACCUGUUUAAUGUUGGAGCGUAUAUAUAGAUCAGUAAUGGGGGUCUUAUUUUUGUUUUCUAGCUGUUCAGUGUGAGCGAAAACCCAUUGAAGUCUCUCGAGAAAGAUCCUCGAAUUGUGCUGCAUCCACUGAGAAAAUAUAUAUUCGAAAAGACUUGCGGAGUCCCCUUGCUGCAACCACAACAUUUGUGACAGAGAACAAAACCGUAAGGUGUGCUUUUCACUUAUUUGUUAGAAAUAUUCUAUAUCUCAUAAAUGUAAAGUUGCCACCUUCUUGACAUGAUAUGAAAAAAAAAGUAAAAACUACUUUUUGUUUUUGUGUAAUCACAUGACCGGGUUAAGAAUUUUAAAAUGUUCAAAAGAUAAACUUAUUAGAAACAUUUUCCUUGAUAUGUGAUAUAUAAAACAUAAUAUUCUUUCCAUUUAAAGAGUUAUGUAACAUAUGUUUUGAUUAGUUGCUAAAGAAUUAAAUGCAGUUAUCUCCAAAUUCUCCUCAUUAUGUAAAUUAAUAUUUGUAAGUUAUUGUUUAGUAGUUUCACAUGUGAUAGACGCUAGAAACUAAACUCUUUCUCUAAAGGAUUACAAAAGGCACCAACAGGGGGCGGGGCCGGGCCGACUGGACGCCAUCUACAUGAGCUCCAGCAACAAAAUGCAUGAAACAGCACCAAUACAACUAAAAGCUGCACAAAACAAGCAAAACCAGCCGCACCUGACAGGGGGAAAACCCUGACUUUCAAUCGGUGCCUACACGAAGUUGACCGCGGGACGGGCGGGCAGCGAGGACUGGGUCAGGCCUACACGCGGCCUCUGAGCACCGGCCGCCAUUGCCGCAAACAGGCGCAGCAUAGAACCAGCCCGUUAUAAGGCAAGCAUUCCCGGCAUGGGGAGACCCUCGGCCCGGGGCACGGCCCCGUUUCCCCCCCCCCGGCCGGCGGGGGUUAUCCUGGCCACAUGGCGGCGACAGGUACCACGACGGGAGCCCCCGCGUGGACAUUAUGCCGACUGCCUAAACUGGCAAUGGCAAAGAGACGGCCAGCCAGCUGUACUGGACAUCUACACCGAGGGGAAAUACUUUUAGUGAUGAAAACACCCUGGCAGGGACAGAGAAGACACAGAAGCUCAGGAGGUUGGGGAUCCGACGCAGCUGAGCCAAACUACUGAAAUGGCUUCCCCUCAAAGGCACCAUUGAAAGAGGAGUGCAGAGUCACCAAAGGAGAUAACUUACCGAGGGGAGACGACCUGGAAGGCAGGGGUGGACUCCGGUGCCGCCGGGCCCCUGAGGGACCCCACGCGAUGCCGGCCAGCCUGCAGGAAAAGUGAGUGUCCGGGCCUCUGGGUCUGGGAGGUCCCCAGAGAGCCGUGUCCCUGAAGCUGAGAGCCCUGUGGGGUGGGUUUGCGCAGCCCCCCCGGCAGACCGGUAGCCGGGAGCGGCGUGCACCGGUCCCAAGUGUGAGGCCGGCACCAGGAGAGACAAUGGGACACAAUCUUCACUGGGUCUGAGGCGGUGCUGAGGAGAUGCAGGGAACGGGAGACCCGCGGAUUCUAGGUGUGGGGGUCCAGCGGAUAAUUUCUGCCCCCGAGUGCCCACAGCAUCGCGGAGGACUCAGGUGCUGGGCUGGAACUAUCGCGGGGGGAGACUUGGCGCCCCGGGAGACGCGCCACCGCCAUGCCAUGGUGGGCCCUUAUCGGACUAACACUACGAACAGCUCUGCUCUUAUACUGUUAUAGUUAAUAUGGUUAUACUAGACGUUAUGAGGUGUACCUUUUGAGCCUUAACCUGAUGGGUCUAGCCUAAACGACACAUGCACCUGCAUAUAGCAACUAAGAUGUUUAUUAUCCGGCUCACGUGACUAGAUAACAAAUACGUUUAAGGGGCACAUAAUCUGGGCAUUGCUGUUAGUCAAAAUACUACAAAGCUGCACUGGGCUCUACAUCAGGAUAAGGUAAACAUAUGCACGUUGUACAUUUUAGCCCUCAUUAUGCUUACGUUAUGUGAUUGCUCAGUUACUGCCAUAAUUUUGCAAGGAAUUACUGAUAGUUUAGCACUAGACUAUACAAUGUGACUUAUACACAUCAGCUUCAGAAUGGAUAUGUAAUGUUGUAGUGCCCCCACGGGCAAAAGCUUGACGCCACUCAUUAAUGCCUACUUGAAUAGCCAGAAUGUUGUAUUAUACGAUGUAUAUUAAUAUGUCUAUAUCUUAACACAGAAAUGACCGCGCUCAUCUAGUCACAUAUAUCAUGUGUUAACUCUGUCAUUCUGAGAAGACGCUCAAGGAACAGGCUCACAUAUAGACACCCUAGUUUAUUUCUUUUAACACUGCAUUAGUUUGCCUAUAUACUUCAUUACAUGUAUUGCAUGAUCAGCUACAGUUUACCUCAGAUAGACGCAUUAUAGGAUGUUGUUACCUUUUAUGCUGUAAUGCUUAGAAAUGUAUUCCUGCAAAGUUCAAGUACGCCUAUAUGUUCUGAUCAUUACGCCUCUGCGCAGGCGAUAAUCUGCAUCUAUUCCUAUGUGCUAAGCCUCUACUUAGGCGACCGUUCACGUUAAUGAAUGCUAUAACUUACUGCUUAAGCCCCUGCGUGGGCAACCUCUGGCUUUAUCACGAACCAGUUCGCAAUAUGCACUUAUAUUGUGAAAACAAUAAAAAUAUUUAAAACAAAAAUAUUUAAAACAAAAGGCACCAACACCACGUCAACUUAACAAAGGUUUUUUUUUGUUUUUUUGUUUUUUUUAGAAAUUGCGAUAUUUCUUUUCUAUGGUUAACACACCUCUAAUAGCUGUCUUUCAGACACUAGAGGUGCAUCUACGUUGAGCACAGAGUCAAACUCUUUGUUCUUGGAUUUACAUGUCAGGCACCUGUAGGCACAAAAUUCUAUGGUGCCUACUGCCCACCAAUCAUAAAAUAAGCAUUAUGAUUUUAUUAACUGCAUAUUGCAGGCCAAAAAACUGGUGUAUAACUUAUGUAUAAAUGGUAUAAUCUGCAAGUGUAUGCAGCUGUGUAAAUGCAUUUAGGGUCAAAUAUGAUGUUAGACGUGGUAAGGAUAAAGGGGGGUUUAAAGUUAGUGAUGGGUAAAUGUCAGAUUUAGAUUACAUACGGUGUUUAGUGCUAAGAAGUUCGAGAGCGGUUGAAGUUGUAGCGUAAGUGCUGUUUAGGAUCAUUGAGUAUAGGACUAGCGUAUGGUUCAUUGUAGUAUUGAGUUAAACAUAGGAUUAAUUAAAGGGUUUAUUUUCAGGUUUAGCAGUCCAUUUACAGUCACAUCACCUUCAAUAUUGGUCAGCGCUCAGAGACCUUUGCCAUGUGUGCAGAAGAUUCACAUAAUGGCAAUUUUAAUUUAUAUUUUGACAGUUCUUAACUAUUUCUGAGUUUGUUUGUUGUUUCUAAAGAUGCCUUUUCAUCUUCUGUUCUUGUUUCCUUUGAAAAUGUGCAUGCAUUAUUAUGUGUUUGUGAAAUUAUCCUUAUUUUUCUCUCCAAAAUAAUGACGAUAAGAGCACUGUUUUCAUUCUUUUUUAGGGCUGCAAAUUUAAUGGACUCUGGAAUGCUAGUUAAUAUUCAGCAAUCUGGGAUUAAAAGUGAAUCCAUGCUCAUCACGCCUGAUAAGGUAUUCUUUUUUUUUUUUUAAGUAUUGGGGGGUGAGGGGGUUGUUGGAACUCUUCUGUUAUACUUCAGCCACUUAAAUUAAUUUAUGAACACAGCAUCAGGAGAGAGUAAAGAACUGACAAAAUUCUUACUUUAAAAAUCUUAGUUUUAUUAACUAUAUUAACUCUUUUGCUUUCUUCUUCUACCAGGUGGAAACGUGUCAGGGAGAUUUAAGCACUUUGGCCAACGUUGUCACUUCACUUGCAAAUCUGAGUAAGUCCAAGGACUUAUCUCAUGCUAGCACAGAGCUGUCCAUAAUAGAAAGCCUGAGUAAUGGGGACGCAACACUUUCUGAGCUUCCACAAGAUGAUCAGACCUGCAGUGAAGUCACUAGGUAACAUCACUAUCUAACAUUAAUUAUUUUGAAAAUAAUAUCUCGUUGUCAGAAACUUGCUGUAAAAAUUGAGGCAAAACCCACAGAACUCAUUAAAAUAUCUCAUACUUUGUACAUUAGGGAUGCACCGAAAUUUUCGCCCAAAAAUGGGCCUAUCCCAUUUCGGACGAAAACGGGUUAAAUCUGCUGAAAAUAGGGCAGAGUGACUUGUCAGGUCCUCUGUCCAUGAUCGAGGACCUGACAUCGGGAGGGGGCCCGGCACCUUGCACUGUGUGCAGCCGGAUGAGAGGCCCCUCCCGUCUGCACGGUUAGAGAGCCAGUACAGUCUGCAGCUCCGCCCGGUGUGAGCUGUAGAUUGUGCUGUAUGUCGCGAUCUCUGGCAAAUCAGAGCGUUGCCGCGGGUUACAUCUGGAUAUCGCUAGAUACAACACAGUCUACAGCUCACACCGGGCAUAGCUGCAGACUGGGGACUCUGACCACCAGGGAGCCAGAACACUGGACCACCAGGUAAAAAAAAAACCAAAAAGGUAUUUCUAACACCCUCCCUCACGGUCACCAGUCACCCACUCCCUCAGUCACUGUCAAAAGUCUCCCCCUCCCUCAGUCACCCCCUCACUCUGUCACCCCCUCACUCUGUCACCAGUCAUCCACUCCUUCAGUCACUUUGUCACCAGUCACCCAUUCUGCCACCCCCUCACUCUGCCACUUGUAACUCCCUAACUCUGCCACCUGUCACCCCCUCACUCCCACGCUCUUCCACCUGUCACCCCCUCACUCUACUAUCCCACCCCAAAUUAUGUGUCCUACCCAUACUACAUCCCUCUCACCCCACACUAUGUGCCCUACACCCCUUUCACACCCUUACACUAUGUGCCCUACACACACUACAUCCCUAGCCCACCCCACACUAUGUGGCUUACACACUCUACAUAACCUACAAACAUACAAACUGCAUCCCUAUCCCACACCACACCGUGUUCCCUACAAACACUACAUAACCUACACACUACAUCUCUAUACUGCAGCACACCAUGUUCCCUAUACACGCUAUAUAACCUACACACAUACACACUACAUCCCUUUCCCACACCUCACUAUAUUACUUACACACACUACAUAACCUACACAUACACACUACAUCCCUUUCCCACACCUUACUAAAUUUCAUACACAUUACAUAACCUACACAAAUUAUUUGGGGCAAAAAGUCGUUUUCGGCCAAGGGCAUCCUGUAUUUUCGGUUUCGGCCCAGAAUUUUUAUUUCAGUGCAUCCCUAUUGUACAUACAUUAUUAGUGGUCUGGUCCCCUCAGACUACAUAACUGGUCAUUCGCCAAAGUGGCUAAUAUGUGUUGUGUUUUUAUGUAGUUUAACAUGCUUGGCAAAUGUUUUACUGUAUUUGCACACAUUGUUAUAAUUUACACAUCAAAUAGAAAGAUAUGAUAUUACUUUUGUAACUAAUAAAACAAUGUUUUUUGUUUGUUUUAUUUGUAGGGCUUUUGACACAUUGGCAAAAGCACUGAACCCUUCUGAAUCCUCUGCUGGCAGCUCCUCCGAAAGCAUGGAAUCCAACCCGGCACUCUUCCAAGACAUUGGUGUUGUUGAGAUUGAAGGCCCCCUGCUUAGUGAUUCCCACAUAGCGUUUAGGGUAAUGCAUGAAUAAAUAUUUCUUAAUGUAGUCCAAUAAGCACACCUAACUAAGUCAAAUUUGAAGGGACAUUGCAAGCCUGAUAACUACUAAGUGCUGUAGCGCCAUGGUGCCAGGAGUACUCUGCCCCCACUCCUCCAUGUAAGUACCAUUUUAGUAUGAUGGGACUUCUUACUUGGGGUCCACCAAGCACCAUUCCCUGCCACCACUACAAUACUUGCAACAGCGAGCCAGAAGCUCUCUGUCUGAGCUAAGCACAAUGGUCCAGGGCUUAGCUCAUUGUCUCAGAGCGAACAGCCGACCCUCUCAGCCAAUGAGCUGGCCCUGCACUGCAGGGUUUAGCUCAAGAGAGCUAUUGCAAGCUCCUAAACAUGAGCUUCUGGCUCAUUGAUGAAUGUGUGUGCCCAGACAGACAGUCAAAUUGUUCUAAAACAGUUUGACUACUAACCAUAGAGGAGGGGACCAGGUGUUUUAUAACACCAUAAAGCACUAACGCAAGCUUUCACUACUGAGAUUCUAUUUUGGUAUUUCUGUGGAGAUUCUGAAGUGCUCAUAAAGUUGUCUGAAGCAUCUCUGUGCAGCAUUCUUACCCUGAACAUUUUAAGUGCUGCUGUGUUUUUUCUAUUGGCUCCACAGUGUUGCUCACUUAAGUAAAUGCUUUAAUGUAUUUUUUCUGGGGUGAGGGAACAAGCAACUGCUACUUACAGAAAAGUGACGGUUCAAUUCGAAUUUUCACUUUUUUUAGGAUUGGAAAUACAAAGCUUUGGAGUGUUGGGGGAAUAUUUGUGGAAUUUUGCUAAACAGAUUACCAGAUUUAGGCCAGUAUUAUCAAUCUGGAAAUUGUGAAUAUUUCCAGAUAAAUGGUUUUGCGCAAAAUUUGACUGUGUUUAGCAAAAUUCCAUUAAUACAACCCAUAUUCUCUACGUGUUUGUGUAGAGUCAGGUUUUUAUUUUUUUUUUAUUUUUUUUCUUCAUUGUCUGAUAAGCAUUGGGUUAACUGGCAAAUAAGAUUUAUAUAUAGGCUGUUAAUAUAGUUAAUCAGAGUUUGGUAAUAUAAAAAGUAUUGCCUGAUAGCAUUUGUUUUGCUGAUCCAUUGAUAAUGUGCUAAUGGAAUGAAGUGAAAACCUAACUGCGUUUAAGAAUAGUGGUAUUUGUCUAUAGAAUGUUUAAAUUUAUAAACAUCUACCUGCUGUGAUUAUUUAUUUUCCUUUUCCUUCUAGCUCACAAUGCCUACUCCUAUGCCAGAGUACCUGAAUGUACACUAUAUAUGUGAGUCUGCAUCACGGUUAUUGUUCCUUUCUAUGCACUGGGCCCGAUCCAUUCCUUCCUUUCAAGCCCUUGGGUAAGAAUAAAAUCAUAUUUAUUGCAAGGAAACUUUACUUGUUUUCAUUAUUUUGGCAUUGUUCAUAUUUCUGUAGUUGCCACAGUAAUGCUUUGAGAAAAAAAAAAAGCAAAACGACUGAAUUUUCUCAACUACUGGCAAUCUGACCAAACUUGCAAAUUAACACUAAGUGCCCCUGUUUAAAUGAAAUUACAGUAAUAUAUAGAGAAUGAUGUAUUGAGUAAGGUGCAUUUAUUAAUUUAUAGGCCUCUCAUAGUUACCAACACUCGCAUAACCAAAGUACGUCAUAGAAAGCAGCACUUAACCCUGUAAAUUGCUAGAAAAUAGCUUCAUAUCCUCACUUGGUUAAUUUAGCAUGAUGUGAAUAAUGCAAAGACAUAGUCUAUAUCACCGGUCUUCAACCGGUGGCCCACAAGAAUUUAUUGCCGGUCCGCGAAAACUUUCACCCGACUUUACCGUCCGGUUAAAGCUUUCGCGGGCCGUCAAUAAAUCGCCGCAAAAUAUUUUCCCGGUGCUAUGAUCAUAGCACCGGGAACUGUGCCUCUGCAGGACCGGAGGGGAGAUCAGACAUCUCUCUCUCUGGCCCGCUAGCAGUGUAAUGCUGGCAGCUAGCAGGGAAAGGAGGGAGAGAGAACCCCCAUACACAUACACACACUGCUCCCCAUAUAUACACACCCACUGCUCUUCAUAUACCCUCACACACUGCCCCUCAUACACACACACACUGACCCCCAUAUACAUACACUGCCCCCCAUACACACACUGCCCCCAUACCCUCACACACUGCCCCCCCACACACAUUGCUCUCACACACACUGCCCCCUAUACACACACACUGCUCCAUACUCUCACACACACACUGCUCCACCCCCAUAUACACAGACACACUGCACCCCUCACACACACACACACUGCAUCCCUCACACAUGGUUUUUAUUUUUGGCUGAUGCCAGUCCGCAAAUUUUUUCUCUUUUUCGCGUGGCCAGGGGUGCAGAACACUGGUCUAUAUGGCAUUUUAGAGUAAUAUACUAGUAGGUGCUAAUACGAGAAUGCCAUGUAGGUUUAACAAUGUCCUUUUCUAGCCUGCAUUUUCUUCAAACCUAUUCCUGUUCUAUCUCAAGAUGUUGUCAUGGUUAGGAAAUAGGAAAACAGCAUUAUUAUGGAAACAUAAAAUCCGACCCUACUUCUAACACAAAUAAAUAUGUUUGUCUGUUUAGACAAGAGAACACAAUCAGUCUAGUGAAAGCAUGCUGGAAUGAACUGUUCUCACUAGGCCUCGCUCAGUGCUCCCAAGUGAUGAAUGUGGCGACUAUAUUAACAGCAUUUGUAAAUCAUCUCCACACAAGCAUGCAGCAAGGUAAGAUUCAUUACAUCUUUCCAUUGCGUACUGAGAACCCCCCCUGAUUUAUCUCUUGGCUUCUAAAGGCAUUGUGUCAUAUGCAAUAAACUAUUUUUUAUUUAUUCAUAUAUUGUAUUUUUAUUAAGGAACACUGUAGAGUUGGGAAUACAAACAUAUAUUCCUAAUGCUAUAGUGCUGCUCUAAUGUUUUAGGUGUCCAGCCACCCUCCUUCCCCAUGUGGUUUUAAAAGGACAUUUGUACUCACUCUCGAUGAACAGCAUUUGAUUGUAUAGCUGAGUCUUACUCUGUUAUUGUUGAACAACAGUCUUUAAAGGGCAACUAUGGGUGUGUUUAAUCCUGCAAUCAUAACAUUUAUGUAUUUACUAAAUGGCAGGGUUAAGAUUAAAUGACCACUGCACCCAGACCUAUAAUUAGAGUAAGUAGUCUGAGUGCUUUUAGUGGUCCUUUAAAUCUGGAUUGUCAAAGCAAUUAUGUCCCUCCCUUUUGAUGCAGAAGGAAUUACAUAGCAAUAACAAUGAUAAUGAUGGAGCUUUUAAUGUCAUAUAAUACUAAAUCAACUAACAAGCAUUAACUCUCUAAAGACAAAAUUUUGCACUUUGAGUGCAUCACCUGUGCUGGGCCCUGCUUUCAGGACUUAAUUGGUGUACCCUGUCAAACAGAUGAUACUGCACUAUUCCUUUAUAAUUCUAAAGUUGCUGUGGAAAUAUGCUGGCACUAUAUACAUUAUAAUAAUGUUCACCAAUCCUAACCCGAUGUGUAAAACAAAUUCACUCUGGGGCAGCUCUAAAGCCUCAAUUGUGCAUGAUCAUGGGUGUUUCAAAGAGGGAAUAAAGAUGGCUUCCUCUAACACCCCCCACCCUCCCAACAGAGCAAGAAAGAGUUAUUGAUUAAUAUGUAUUAAAUACAAAAUAAUAAACAUGACAUAAUACUUUUAUUUUCAGUAAUCAUAACAUAUGAAGAAAGCUUUCCUUUAAUGGAAAUUUCUAAAUAUAAAGUCAAGCUAGAUGUUUAAUUAUAUCUUAAUAUACAGACGGCAUACAUUAUUACAGCAUUUCUAAUACCUAAAGGAGGGGUGCCCAGAGGUAGAUCUCCUGAUGUUAUAGAACUACAACUCCAAUGAUGCUUUGCAUGCCUUUAGAAUUACAAAGCAUAAUGGAAGCUGUAUUUUUAAAACUUUUGGGGAUCUAACUUUUGGGCACCCCUGAUUGCGGGAUAAAACUUACCAGGAAAGGUUAAAGGAUCUUAACAUGUAUAGCUUGGAGGAAAGACGAGACAGGGGGGAUAUGAUAGAAACAUUUAAAUAUAUAAAGGGAAUCAACACAGUAAAGGAGGAGACUAUAUUUAAAAGAAGAAAAACUACCACAACAAGAGGACAUAGUCUUAAAUUAGAGGGACAAAGGUUUAAAAAUAAUAUCAGGAAGUAUUACUUUACUGAGAGGGUAGUGGAUGCAUGGAAUAGCCUUCCAGCUGAAGUGGUAGAGGUUAACACAAUAAAGGAGUUUUAAGCAUGCGUGGGAUAGGCAUAAGGUUAUCCUAACUAGAAGAUAAGGCCAGGGACUAAUGAAAGUAUUUAUUUAGAAAAUUGGGCAGACUAGAUGGGCCGAAUGGUUCUUAUCUGCCGUCACAUUCUAUGUUUCUAAUUAAACCCUACAACUGAGUUGGAUGUAUUUUUUCCCCCUACUUUGAAUUGAAAACAUAGUUUCUAACUUAGUACAACUGAUCUUUGCAGUACAAUAUUUAUUAAUCAUCAAGAUUAUGCAGUAACAACUAGCAUGUUUUGUUGUCUGGCAGAUAAAUUGUCAACGGAGAAGGUAAAAUUAGUAAUGGAUCACAUCUUCAAAUUGCAAGAGUUUUGCAACAGCAUGGCCAGACUCUCCCCAGAUGGAUAUGAAUAUGCCUACCUUAAAGCUAUUGUGCUUUUCAGUCCAGGUAUCAACUUUUUCAUUUCUUCUCUUUUAUUUCACAAUGUCUUCACAUCACCAUAUAAUAAACACAUGAAAAAAAUAACUAGUUUUGUGUAGCAGAGGGGGAAGCUAUAGUGCCAGGAAAACUAGUUUGUUUUUCUGGCACUAUAGUUUCCCUUUAAAACGAGACUCAGAAGUGUUGCUACUUCCCCAUACAUGUUAAUGAGGAAUUUACACUUCUGGAUUAUUCUUAUCAACUUUGCCCAAACUGGACAGCAGUGAUAGGCUAUGAAUGCUGGGAACAAGUUAGCCAAGCUUUCUCUGCCUAUCACAACUGACCUGGAUGAACAUAAUUGAAGUGCACAUUCUACAUUAUCACUGCUGCUAAAAGAGCUUGUUUUUUGUGAAACCACCCCCAAUCAGCCAUUACAUCCUUCUAACAGUGUUAGGCUACUGCUUCUGUGUUAUUGCAUAUAUGCUUGCAAUGUGGAUUCACUGUAUUGAUUUGAAACAGAUCAUCCUGGACUGGAAAAUGUCUCUCACAUUGAAAAACUGCAAGAGCGAGCCUACAUGGAAUUUCAGGAUUAUGUAACAAAAACCUAUCCAGAUGACACAUACAGGUGAGUAUUUUAUAUGUUCGUGGUGGUGUAGUGAAUGACAAGAUGAAUAUUCACUGAGCAAUUUUGUUGCUGCACUGGAUAUAAAUAGACAAUAAUAGUGAAUACAUUCGUAGCACAUAGAGCAGCAGAAGAUUACUACUGUUGUAAACCAAUAUAUCUGUUUUUAAAACGUUACACAGAACUGAACAGACUGCUUAAUUUCUCUGUGUUAAACUGAACAUAUGCUCAACAGCAUGACUACAUUAAUCAUUUAACUGGUACAUUCAUUUUUUUUUUUUAAAUUAAUUUUAUUUUAGUACUGUCCGAUUUCAAAACAUUGACACUGAAACAUAAACCCCCCCUAAUGAGCUGUAGAAAAGUAUUUUUUAUUUGAGCACAUCUUUGUGCAGUGUUUAUUAAAGGAACAUUCCAGAGUUGUAAAUAUCAAUAUUUAUUAAAGGAACAUUCCAGAGUUGUAAAUAUCAAUAUUUUUAUCGCUGGACUGUGGUGUGCGACAUUUAAAUUCUUGUGCGCUCCCUCCCUCUUUUUCUGCAAAUAAAGAUGUUGCUUAGUAAUAAUCCAGGGGCUAGAGGUUAUCCUCUCCACUGCCCUGCUUCACUUCCAGGAGAUCAUCUCUAAUGAUGAUCUUCUGGUCAAUACAGUUGCUUUAGGAGGCCGAGUGCAUGCGCGUCAAUCACCACUCUGUGCUGACAAUAGUUCUUAUAUAGAAACGUGAGUGAGGGCUCAAAACGUGUUAGGAAGAGCACACUCCGGUUACUCACACGCAUUCCAUGAGUUUAUAAAUGUGCCAAUUUUAUCUUAUAAAUCUGCACUUUUAUAAAGUAUGAAAGAGGGGACACUGCUAAUUCCCAAAGCACUUCAGCAAGCUCAAGUGCUAUAAGGGUUCGGAUUGUUCCUUUAACAUAUCAUACUUUUAAAUCAUGCUGGCUUUCACUGACUGUUUUAUUAUACUAUAUGUUUUAAUUUACAUUUUCUGACCAAAAGGAGGAGAUAAGAGCCUUACUGAAACCAAAGCCUUAAUUUAGGGAAAGCUAGUGCAUAAUCAAUAUUUGAAAUUUCUGCCUCCCUUAAAUAUAUUUUUCAAAUACAGAUUGGGAUAUGUAAAUGUGCUUUUUUUAAAAAAAAAUUUUUAACCUUAGGGUUUUUUUUAACCUUAGUAUUUAGAAAAUUGGGCAGACUAGAUGGGCCGAAUGGUUCUUAUCUGCCGUCACAUUCUAUGUUUCUAUGUCAUUCAGUGCCAGUAGUGUGCUUGACAUAUUGCAUAGUAAUUUGUUGGACACACCUUCUACACUCAAAGAGAUUAUGUAUUUAUGUAUCUAAUUUAAAAUAAUAUAUGCAUAUUUAUUUAUUUUUACAACCUUCAUAGGUUAUCACGACUCCUACUCCGAUUGCCAGCUCUGAGACUAAUGAGUGCCGCCAUUACAGAAGAGUUGUUUUUCGCGGGUCUGAUUGGCAAUGUGCAGAUCGACAGUAUAAUCCCUUACAUUCUGCGCAUGGAAACAUCGGACUAUAACACUCAAGUCAUCGGUCUAUCUGUGUAGCAUUCCAUGGAAAUGCUACAGACACAAAUGCAUAUGGAGUGUGACUCCAUCUCUUUGUGUCAAGAAUGGGAAACAAAAAAUGAAAGUCAUGAAUAUGCAUUUCAAUUCUAAAUCCCGGCCUUGAAUAAUGUGUACCUUCUUUGUUUUGGUAUGAGUUGGCUUGGUGGGAUAUUGUGCCUUUCGGCAUGGUGUAUAUAUUCAUAUAGAUAUAAAGAAAAGGAUUUCUAUAUUUUUCAUUUGUUUGGUAUGUUCAAGAUUCAUACAGCAGUGAUUUUAUUCCUAUUGAAGAUGAGUAUUAUGUCAUGAAACAGUGCAAUUUGUCAAGGGAAAACAUGAAGAUUGGAUUAAGAGACUGUCACACGGUUACGGAACAAUGAUUCUGCAACAAAGACAUAUUUUAUAGAGACAUUUGGACAUUGUGGAUACAAACCUUUUUAAUAUAAUUGAAAAUGAAAUAAAGCAUUCUAUAAGAAUGGUCAUAUUAACUUGAAGAAAAGUUUGCAUUUCGGAUAGUUUUCCUCAGUCCUGCAUGGAGUAAAAAAAAAAAAAAAAUAUCCCUUUUGAUCCAUUUUGUGGUAAGUCUAUUCUAGGGAACAUUGCUAGAAUAUUUCAGAACAAUCAUUUGCUGACAUUGUAUAACAAUGUGACUUAGAUUUGAAAAUGCUACAUUUUGUAAAAAAAAUAAAUAAAUUAUGAAAAGAAAGUUUUAGAAAUACUGUAUAUGUAUAAAUACAUAUAUAGAGACAGACAGUUUUGCAGGUUUUCAAGGUGAGUGUUGCUGUCCAGUGAUGGAUAUCUAUAUCACCCUAAAUGGUGCUAAAACCAGCUAUUUAAGUAUAUUUCCUUGAGAGUAAUUCAGGAACAUCUCGGCAUUAGAUGUGGGCUUUUUCAGUUUUUUAGCACGUCAUCCAAUCAUUAUUAUUAUUAUUUUGCUCACAUCCACCUUAUGCAUAGUCCUUACCACAUUUUUUUUCAUGUGUGUAUUUAGUUUUUAAGUUGACUAAGUGGUUGCGUGGGUUGAAUGUUGUAUAUUACAUACCUUUAGAUUUAAACCUAUCUUUAAAAUUUUUCCAGUUUAACACUUCCAAAACUCAGUACAUACUUAUUUUUGUCGCCUUAAAAUAAUGUUUGAUUACCUGAAAAGGUGCACAGUCUAUUUGAUCAUGUCUAUAACACACUACACAUAACUUCCCAAUUAAGUAUUUAGAGGUCAAAGUGAUAUGUCUGCUCUGAAACAUUCACAACAGAAUUUAAUCAAAUUACAUUGCACUUAAUUCUUAACCUCAAAUUAUUUCAGGCAAAAUAGUGGGAUUCUUGCUGUGCUAUUUUUGACAAAAUUGUAAUAAUUACAGUUGUCAAUACAUUAAAAUUCAUUGCUUUGUGAAUAAAGCCCACCUAUGUAACGAUGAAGGGGGUCUAUACUCCCGUUGUUACUAUCGUCUUUAUUCUAGCUGUAGGUGAAGUCUCGAUGUAAUCUAAUAGGCAAAGCAUGAAACUCCAGCCUCCCAAAUAACUGAGUACAGGCGUAAAUGAAAUGUAAUAAGCUAUACUUAUGGUUAGAAUAUAAUUAAAGAUGCUUAAUAAAUGUUUAGUUCAUAAAUCUAUAUUUAAACAUGGAAAAUAUACACACAAAUAUUAGCCUUUUAAGUCUAGUAGAUCUUGGUGAAAUCAAUAGGUAAGGCUCAUAUAAUUAUCACAUCCUCCCAGAAUGUUAUUAAUUCCCUAAAGUGCAAGUUGUUUCUUGUAAAUUGACAAUCAUUGUACCUUUCAGGAGUUUAUCCUUCUUCAAAAAAAAUGAAAACUAAGCACUUCUCCCCCUUAUUUUAUGUCUUCUUACAAUAACCUACCAUUGCAUAACUUACACACAUAGACCCAAAUGGAACAUAGUAUAAUAAUUACAAGUUUUAUUAACAAAAAGAAAAACAAGUCUAUACCUGUAUAAUCAUAUGUUUAAAUAUCUGAAGAAGAGAAUCUGUUGGUCUUGGGAGCCAGUUUUUGACAUCUGGUUUUCACCCCCAAUAUAGAUGCAAUGUUUCUUAACCUGAUUAUAUCUAAGUACCAUUAAUAAUUAGUAUUUCCAGCCAAAUUCUAAGAAUAACAUUGUCUUUAUGGGGAGGAGAGGAGGGUAGUUCCUCUUUCCAUGUUUUUUAACGUUAUGUUGAUUUAUUUAAAGGGACAGUAUAGCCACCAGAACCACUAGAACUUAAUGUAGUUGUUCUGGUGAGUAUAGCCUGUCCCUGCAGAUAUUUCCAUGUAAACACUGCCUUAUCAGAAAAAAGGAAGGGUUUGCAUUGCUGGCUAGUUACUCCUCUAGUGGCAGUCACUCAGAUGGCCAUUAGAGGUGCUUCCUGUGUCAGUGCUCAACAGUGUUUAGCAUAGAGGCGCUGAUGUUCCCUAGAGAUGGAUUGAUUCAGUGCAUCUCAAUUAGGAGAUGCUGAUUGGCACAGCCUUUUGCCACGUAUGCUCAAUAGCUUCCCAAUACUUUCCUAUGGGAAAGCAGUGGAUUGGCUGAGAUCAUCAAAAUUCAUGCUCUUAGCCAUGGAAUUGGGACCAAACCGGUGUGGCAUGGGAGAAAAGGUGAGUAAAAUCCUCUUUAUUCUCUCUCUCGAGAGGGACUAUGGACCUAAUGCUGCAUUCUAACACUGUAGUGUCAGUAAUACAUAUUUUUGUUCCUUUAACAAAUUUGUUUGUGUAGGCUGAAAAUUAAAUUGAAUAUAGAAACCUGCUUCAUCCUGGAACUGAGCUCCUCCAACUUUUCUCUCUUUCAACCACUUUUAGAAUUCUUGUCAACUUUUACCCCUCGAUCUUUGCUCACAGGUGUAAACAUUAUUUUCUGGCUUUAGACCUCCAGGACAGUGUGUCCCCUGUCUGUCAUGAUUGAGCCGAAUAGUGAUGUCAGUUGCUAAAAUCUUUAAUAUAAAACCACAUCACAUGACAACAGGUUUAUUGAUUACUCCAACCAGCAUGACAGUUAUUAGAAGUGGUCAUGGUGGUAGCAGUCAGUAUGUGCAAUGUUGCAUCUUACAACACUGCACAUACUGAGAUAUUUGUAAUUGUGUGCUGGGUCCUAGUUGAACCCCCCCCGCACACAUUACACUGACAAUGCCAACUUUGUCCGUAAAUUACGUCAGUUGUUGACAACAGACUUAAAAAUCUACCCCUUGCAGACAGAGCAGUUGCAUAUGUAAACUGGCUCUUGUGAAUUCUCCUGAAGUGCCAGUUUAGUAAAUACGUCCUUUUUACUGUUUUAUCUUGACAGCUCAAUGUGUCAGUAUUUCUAUAUUUGUCAUCUUUCACAAUGUUUCACUGUAAGACACUUUAAAUGUGAUUUGCUUUUUCAUUGUUUGCUCUGUAUUAAAAUAAGCAGAUUUACUUUUUUGUUGUGAAUAUCUAUUUUAAAAUCUAUGUUAAGCAGUGACCCCACCAAAUUCUAGCCAAAUUUAGAUUUCAUUGUAGUCCCCCAUUUGAUAGAGAGCAGUUGUUGCCCCACUCUCCCCUCAAAAUUAUAGUUUGUUAAAGUGUAUCUGCCAAAGAAAAAUGGCACGUCCUCACUUGAGAAUAUGUUAUGUGUACAUUGGGGUAACAAAGGCGCUAGCAAUGUGUAUAACAUCUUAUUUUAGAGUUCCCUUUUAGCUUGUAUGUCUGUGCUUCAGGAAUAAAUUUGUCUCCCACGGUGGAUUUACAUCCAUCUACUUAAAGGGACACUAUAGUCACCAGAAAAACUACAGCUUAUUGAAUUUGUUCUGGUGAGUAGAAUCAUUACCUUCAGGCUUUUUGCUGUAAACACUGUCUUUUCAGAGAAAAUGCAGUGUUUACAUUACAGCCUAGUGAUAACUUCACUGGUCACUCCUCAUGUGGCUGUUAGAAAUCUUUCCUGGGUCAUGGCUGCCUAAAAUGCAUCCAAACAUUCAGUAUGUCCUCUCUCUGCAUGCAGACACUGAACUUUCCUUAUAGAGAUUCAUUGAUUCAAUUCAUCUAUAUGAGGAGAUGUUGAUUGGCCAGGGCUGUGUUUGAAUUGUGCCGGCUCUGCCCCUGAUCUGCCUCUUUGUCAGUCUCAGCCAAUCCUAUGGGGAAGCACUGUGAUUGGAUCAGGCUACUACUUCUUAUGUCAGCAGGCAGUGGGCAGGUCUAAAGGAAACAGGGACAAAGUAAGCAGCUCCAGAUUUGAAAACAAGUAAGAUUUUACUAUAUUUAGGGAGGCAGGGUGGCUUGAUGGUGGUUUUAACCCUAUAGGGUCAGUAAUACAUGUUUGUGUUCCUGACCCUAUAGUGCUCCUUUAACUCCCAAUUGUGCAUUUUGCAUCCUACAAUACCUUAUACACGGUUUUGUUCAAUAUAGCUGUCUUGUAAAAGGCAGUAGCAACAUUCAGGUACAUAUAUCAUAUCAUUUAAUAUAUACAUUUGCUGGCAAUUCAGUUUGAUGUUGAUCACUACAUAAAGCUAACCUUGCAAUCCACACGUUAUAACAGAUCCAAUUUAAAUAGGACAAGUCACUCAGAAAUGUGCAGAUAAGAAUGGUUUGUUCAUGUAUAGCAUUUAAGCUUUACAGGGUGCCUGGCUAAUUAAAAGCAGUUGUAUAGGUUAAAUGAUACAUACUUUUGGGACAUUUGGUUCUGGUUCUCUACAGUGGUCUAAAUGCUUAUCAAUGUGCUCCUAUAUUCCACCAAACGUGUUAUCUAUGCAUUUACUAAAAUGUCAGCUAGCACAGUGUAUAUAUAUAUAUUAAAUUGGAUGCUUUGUGAGAGGCGCACAUAUUUGAUUCUCAUAAUUAUGAAAACAGUAAAAAAUAAGUUUUCAAGUUGUGAUGCUCAGACUUUCCAAACUGGAGAAAGAUUACAGAGAAGCAAUAAUAUCUACACAAUAUAUAGUAACACAAAAACACACCCAGCUAACUGCACUGUUUUUGAUAAAGUAGAUGCCGCAUUGAAGGCAUUCUGAUCGAUUAGAAACUCAUUCCAUAUAAACCAUUUACGACCUUGGUUGACUGUUUUUGUUUUGCCUUAUAUGUAUAAAAGGUAUUGUAAAUGUCUUGAAUCCUAAUGGAACGUGUCAAUUCUAUUUCAGUUGUAUUUUUUAAGAAGCAUACUGUACCUUUUUAU